AUGGAAUAUCAUUAAGAAUAGGUAUUUGGAGAAUUAGAAGAUUGUUAUUAAGCAUUUGUUCCAAAAAAAUCAAAAAGUAAAUAGCAAUCUGAAUCAGCUGAGAUUUUGGAAUUAUAUCAUUUGACAGUAGAAUAAAUUGAUUUAGAGUCUAAGGAUAUAGUUGAUAAGAAGUUUCUAAAAUUAUCAAAUUCAAUUUUAUAAUGGAUUGAGGAAGAAUUAAAAAACACAACAUUUUAAAUUUUAGAAUUGCAUAGUCUAAAUUAACAACAUCAUUAUGUUUAAAUCAAGUUUGGUUUUCUUUUGGUAGAUCAAGCAAAUCUAUAUUCAGUAUAUUCUUUCUAUAGUUCUCUUGUUAAAAAAAAAGAGGGUCAUCCUAUAUUAAAUUCUGAUUGUGUUGAAUUUACAAUGGAAGGAGGAAGAAUAAUAGAUCAUUCACUUAGUUUUGAAUUAUUUGAUAAAAUUGACUAUAGUUUACCAGAUUUAUUAAAUCAUGUAUUAAUACAUUGUGCAAAAUAAUUUAAAUCAAAUGUGAGAGCACAUACAUCAAUAUUUUUGAUAUCUAAAUAUUUUGUAUCUGAAGAAUUAAGUGACUUAAAAAAAGCUCUAUUGGAAGAGAUUAAACUUAGAUACCCAAAUACAAUAGGAAAUAUUAUAUUUGUUUUACCCUUAUAAUCUACAGCAACAGAGAAUUAUGAAAUUACAAAAAUCUAUAGUUUUAGUGAUCCUAAAAAGAUGUUUAUACAUUUAUUGAUAAAACUUAUAUCAAAUCCUUAAAUUCCUUUACUCUCUUAAGAAAUAUAUUCCUUAUGGGAAAAAGACUUUAAGAUUUAUACAUUAAAUUAUCAAUAAUAACUUUUUAAAAUUAAAUAAGCUUAUUUCCUCAUGUAUGAAACCUUACACUUUAUGACUUCCUAUAAUAAGAAGAAUACAACCAUGAAAGAAUUACUUGACACUUUGAAGAAUUAACCUAAUAACAGUAUGAAUUAUUCAAAAUAUUUAUCAAAAAGAAAAUAAUUAAGUGAUGCUAUCCUUGUGUUUAGUAAAUACAUUGAGUAAUUAAAAUCAGAAGUAAAUAUAUAAUAAAUUAAAUUUAGAAUCAAUAAGACAUCAAAGAUUUUAAGUAAAAACUCUUUGGUUUAUUAUGUUCGAAUUAAGCAAGUAAAUGGUUUACUUUGAGUCAUGAUUGUAAAUUAAAUAAAGCUAAAUAAUUAUUUAAAGAUCUUACUUCAAUAGGUUAUGAUUAAAAUAUUGAUUAAACAAUCUUACAAUAUUUAGAAAAUGAGAAUUAUGAUAAAUAGUAAAUAAAGAAACCAAAUGAUCGAUUUAGUUAAUUAACUAAAGAUAAUGAAAAAGUAAAAUUUGAGGAUUAUGUUAAUGAAUUCUUAAAUUAAUAUAUUGUGAUGAUAAUCAAUGAAAUUAAGAAAUCAUAUUCUUAAUAUAUAUUUAAGGAUUUUGAUAAAUAUUUGGAAUCUACAAAUCCUGAUAUUUUGAAUCAUUUGCAUACAAAUUUAAUUGAUACUUGUACAUCUAAUUUUAAAUAGACAGGAGAAAAUUAUGCAAAAAUUUAAUAAUAAUAUUAAGUAGCAUUGUCUAAUUUAAUUGAAAAAUAAGAUAUGAUAGAUUUUUAGACUGCAAUAGCUAAUCUCAAACUAUUAGGUUUAAUAGAAGAUACAAAAAGAGUUAAACCUACAAUAUAAAGAGCUGUUUAUGCCAAAUAAAUGUAUAUUAAUUAUAACAAUGAAUUUUGA